AUGGACAUCGACGACAUUCUCGCCUCCGUCGAUCGCGGCGCGGGCGCAAGCCCCGAGUCCACCGCGCUAGACCACCAGCAACUAACACGGUUCUGGGUCGCCGAGCGCGCCGUGUCAGAAGUCCUACCAUGGCCCGCGCCAUUGAUGGAGCGCGUAAUGGAUCGCGUCAGGAUGCAGAUCGAAACAAUCGAAGACCUAGCCUCCUCAUCAGGAGACACCGGAACACCCACCAACGCAACACACAACCCAAACCUAAACCUCCGCCUCUCAAUCCUACAAACCGACCUCGCACGCACCCAAUACAUAAUCCGCUCUCUCCUCCGACAACGCCUCGCCAAACUCACAAAGCACAGCAUGCACUACCUCGUCCAACUAGCAUCACGCUCCAAAAGCCCAUUCUCCCAAUCCCAGUCUCAAUCGCAAUCGCAAAACCCAAAUAUGAUGCCCGAAGACUCAGUCCCCGACAUCUCGGCCGUUGACAACGUCAGCCCGUUAUCGGAGCAGGAAUCCAGCUUCGUGCACGCGCACCAGACACUGCUAGCGGGUCAUUACGGGGGCUCAUUUAUGGGGUCGUUUCCGCGGACGUUGAGGCGGUUGGAUGAUAAUGCGGGUGGGACUAGUAUGGUGCAAGGGCCGGAGACCAAGGAAGUGGUUUUUGCGCGUUGUUUGGGCGUUGAGGUUCCUGUUUUUGUGGGGGGAGAAGAUGGGGAGGAGGAGGUCGGGGUUACGAUGCGGAUGGGGGAUGUCUGGGUUGUUAGAUGGGAGGGGGUUAGGAGGGCUUGGGAGAGAGGGGAGGUCGAGUUAUUAUGA